UAAAGAUGGCGGUCGAUAGUGGACGUGUUAUUUCGUCGAGCUACAAUAUCGAUGUUUUUUCGGAACUAUCUCAAGAUAUUGGCAAAAUUUUAGGAACUAGUGAUUCUGCAUCGAAGUCUACAGUCGUUGAGAACAUUGUAUACGAGAUAGAUGAUGAAAGCGUCUUGAAAAGAGAAAGAGAAAAACUUUUCUCUUUGUGUAAACUGAAGCUCAAAUCACAAUGUAUUGAGCACUAUGGAAUAAGCGAGAAUGAAUACACUAAACCUAAUCUUGUACUGAUCAACAGAACCGGUGACAGUAGGAUAGCUACGUAUGCGAAUGACAUCUAUGAUAUGUUUGUUUACGUUUGGGACGAGUGUGAAAAUGAUGACUUCCCAAGGAAUAUUUUAUCUGCAAAAAGUAUGGCUCUUCCAAGUUUGAAAAACGAUAUAAUGAUACCAAUAAAAUCUAAAGUGACGGAUCUGUUUACCAAAUUUACUAUGGCAAUGAACAUGCUAAACGACCUGUCCAAGAGAAUAGAUCAGCUCGAAGCAAAGGAUAAGGAAAGAUGCGACGUAAAUACGACACUACAAAGGGAUAUUGAUGAAAUCAAAAAUCGUAUGGAUAAAAUGUUGGAUCAAAACCAGGAUGUAAACAAAGACUCAUACCAAGGUAGGCCAAGUUCACCUAUACUGUGUAACAGUGCCAAUGAUGAAGCUAAUAAGCCCCAAGUUUUGCCGAAUAGUAAAAAUUGUGUAAACGCAAACAAGCCAGGUAAUAACAGUGACUUAACACCUAUUAGGUCUAGUUCAAUGCGUAUGCGAGCUCCAGUGACAAUAAUGCCCUCAAAAACUCAAGUCUUAGCCGUUGCCAGGCAACAGCAUCAGACGCAGGAUGAUCGCCCUGAAACUAUCGAAGUCGCCAGCACGCCAUCUUUAAAUGACAAUCGUACUAAUAGCAAUCCGCCUGCAUCUGAUGAUACGAAUAAUGCACGUUUGAUUGGUAGAGCUGCCAACACGCCAUCUUUAAAUGACGAUCAUAUUAAUAUCCCUGCAUCCAAUGAUGUAAACAAUGCAAGUUUAAGGUCGACGACUGAUUCAACCUUUGCUUCAGUUGCCGCUGUUAAUAAUGAUAAAUGGGUAACAGCUGGUCCCAAAGGUCGCCAUUCCCCUCCACCUAAAGUACCAGUGAUAAAAGCAGCACGUAAGGCCGGUGCUCAACAGGAACAGCGAAAACAGAAUACAUUUCAGAUCAAAGGAAUCAGAGAAGUGGCAGCAGGAUACGUGUACGUUAGCAAUAUACAAAAGGACGAAAACGUGUCUGAUGUUGACAUUCGCAAUGCAAUAUCGCAAUACGCCAAGAAUAAAGGCAUUAGAGUGAUGAAAGCCGAAGUAGUUCAUAACAGAGUGUGCGACGAUCAAGUUGGGGUCAAACUGUAUAUACCAGAGGAUCAUAUGAGAGCGGUGAUCAGCGAUAAUUUCUGGCCUGAUUCAGCUAUCUCUUGUAGGAGAUGGGAACGCCGCUACACAGGCUACAGACGCCAACGCGACAAUAGAGAUGAGGAUCCCAAGUAUAGAGAUUACUCCUUUCCAAGAAAUAAUCGUUUUAACGAUAUACCCAAUGACUAUAGCUCGAAGAGAGACACACCCGCUACAAACGUUUAUGGAUCUUCAAAUAGCCAAAUUCCAGUGAUGAUAAGUGGAAUGACAAAUGAUAAUUUAUACCCUCGUUCGUAUGGUAAUGACUGGUCAAGUUACAGCCAGGACUAUGUCGACUAA